AUGUUGAACAAACAUUAUUUUGAAGCAUUAGAUAUAACUUUGAAUGACCUCAUGAAAACCCGUUUGAACUUUGGUUAUGAUAAACCAUUCGGUGGUAAAGUUUUGGUCUUUAGAGGUGAUUUUAGGCAAAUUCUUCACGUUGUUCCGAAAUGUAGCCGAGCAGAUAUUAUUGAAUCUUCAAUUAAUUCUUCAUACUUAUGGAACUCAUGCAAAGUAUUGAAAUUGACCAAAAACAUGAGAUUACAGAAUUCUGCAUCAUCAUCAACCAAUGAAGAAACCAGGGAGUUUGCAGAAUGGAUUCUACAAGUUGGAGAUGGUACGGUGAACACAAUUGAUGAUGCUCAAACAAUAAUAGAAAUAUCUCCAUAUUUGUUGAUAGAAAAAUCAGAUGGUCAUAUACUUAGCUUGGUGAGUUUUGCUUAUCCUAAAAUGAUUGCCAACAUGAAAAAUCAUUCAUUCUUUGAAGAAAGAGCAAAUUUGGCACCAACCCUUGAGAGUGUUGAGCAUGUCAAUAAUUUCAUGUCUUCUAUGAUUCCCGGUGAUGAAAAGAAAUAUUUGAGCUUUGACACUACAUGCAAGUCUGAUGAGGACAAAGAGAUAGAAGGAGAUUGGUUCACUCCUGAGUUCUUGAAUGAAGUCAAAUGUUCAGGAAUUCCAAACCACAAACUUAAUUUGAAGGUUGGAAUUCCAAUUAUGCUUCUUCGGAAUAUAGACCAGUCUAUUGGUUUAUGUAACAGAACUCGCUUGAUAGUAACAGAUUUGACAAAAAAAUGUCAUUGCAACAUCAAUUCUAAAAGGUAA